CGCCACUUGUUGACGCCUAACAUGAGAGAGAACCGGAAGGAGGCCGGCGUGCGCGAUGAGCCAAUGAAGAAGCACAUGUAACCUUGUUAUUGCUCUGUGCGAAUGAAGAUAGAUUAUUAUAAGAUAAACAUCAUGCUGUUACACCAUCGAUUCUCUUGUUUAAGUUGCCGAGUGUAUCCAAAUGAGUCAACUUGUCAUUAAGAGGAGAGUGCUUUAAUUGUAAUAGUCCCAAUUAUCAAGCAGUCAAUAAAUACUUCAAAUGGCAAGGAUCUCAAUAUUUAGACUAUUCAGUAUCGGUAGUCAUACAAUAAUCUCGGCUGUACCUACAUGUUUUAGUAUACCUAGGUAUGCAGCUUUCGAACGGAGUUGGAAAUACACGACAUACCUCUCUCUCCAGUCAGCCCUAGGUCCCAUUAGUAUAAACAGGAACAAAAAUUUGCGCCCUCUUGUUGAUUGGAUAAAUGUGAAUAGGGAAAGGUCCACAACGGGUGCUACGAGGGAGCCCACGAGCUUACAUAGUACAAGGGGUAGAAUUCGAAAAGAAACCCGGCAUAAGUCUUUGCCUCUCGACCAAGAACUGGGAAUGAAUUUUUACCUGCCUCCCUACUCAGCAAUAUAUGGAACUCCAAUGUGAGAAAUUUGGUAGCAAUCAUUGGAAAUAUAUCUAGUUUGAACCCCCCUUGUCUCGAUUUCAGCUAAAGAACCACCCAAAGGAUGCCAUGACCAUUGACAAUAUUUAA